UAAACGCACAAGACUAAGCCGUCUUCUCCCUCUUCCUCUUCUCCUUCUCUUCUCACUUUCCCAUAUUCCUUCCCUCACUCACUAGCAGCCACGGUGAGCCUCCCCACGAGCAGCCACUGCACCUCCAGCCACUCCGCUCCCCACAUGCAGAACCGCCAGCAACAGCCGAGCUUCACACCGCCAACAGCAGCCACAGGCUGCGUUUGAAUCCACGGCAGCAGCUAGCAGCAGCCGGCUGCUCUUCCCCCGUAACUCUUCGCGCCUUCACAGCCGCUCCAGCAGUCGGUUUCUGUCCUCCCUCCACCGUCAACAGAGCUCCUGCGCCACCACCACAACCUCCACUUACCCCUUUCACCCCUUUUGCUAGUCCUAUCUUUCAGGAGGAUCAUAGACAAGCGUAGCAGGUACUGGAACUUCUUAUGUAUUGCAUUGCAUUUGGGAAAAGUGAUGAGGGCGAAGCAUAACCUGUGUCCUUACCGCUAUCUUUCGAUUUUGAAUCUCUUGUUAUCUUUUGUAAAUUUUAAUUGUAUGUUUUGUUAUGAGACCUUGUGUCUUCCCACGUGUAUUUGUAUUUCCGCUGCGUAGUCUAUAACUAUGUAUGGUUUUAAGGAGUUAAGUCUUUUUUUUAAAAAACACAAACGUCGACACUGGAACCACGAUCCAUGCUUGGCAUGUUGAUUUGAGGAGCCGGCGACGAAUCAUUCCGCCGUGACAUAGUUUUGAUAGGCCGUUGGUGCCUUUACUUAUUUUAGCUUCUAAAUAACUUUUGUUUCUACAUUAAUUACCUUUACUAACCACAAAAAAAAUGACCUCAACCAUUAAUUACCCCCAAGUUAAUUGGGUUCCCACAUUUAAGGGAGAAAAAUAUGAACAAUGGGCUAUGCAAAUGAGGUCAAUAUUUAUCUCUCAAGAUUUAUGAGAAUUAGUACAACAAGGUUAUGAGCAACCACCCAAAGAUGACACUAAAGAGUCAUCUUGGGAUGAAACAAAAAUAAAACAAUAUGAAGCUUGGCACAAGAGAAAGCCAAGAGUAGAACACCUCAAAGUGUUCGGAUGCGUAGCUUAUGCCCACAUCCCGAAGGAGAAUCGGGAAAAGCUCGAUGAGAAGGGAGAAAAAUGCAUAUUCAUUGGAUACAGUCACGAAACAAAAGGAUAUCGCCUUUAUAAGCCUGAAUCUAAACAAUUAAUCAUCUCUAGAGACGUAAUUUUCGACGAAGCAGCCGAAUGGACAUGGAAAGAAAAAGAAAUUGAAGCUCGGGAAGGAGAUACUCUCCUAAGAGAUCAAAGUGAAGAAGACGGAGCAGACCAACCAACAAACCCAUUAUCUCCGGUCCAAGUACACCUGAAAGUACAAGAUCAUCCCCAAGCUCAAGAAGCCAAACAUCACGUUCAACUCCUCAACAUCAAGAAGCCCGAAGAUCAACACGAGAUCGGCAACCGCCAUCAUGGCUGCAAGAUUACCAUUGUGACCAAGCAAUGAUAGCUCUCUUCUCUAGUGAGCCACAAACAUUUCAAGAAGCAGCACAAAAAGAAACAUGGAUUGAGGCUAUGAACGAAGAAAUCAAAAUGAUCGAGAAGAAUCACACAUGGAAACUUGUAGACAAACCACAAGACAAGGAAGUCAUCGGACUCAAGUAGGUCUACAAGGUGAAACAUAAUGAUGAUGGGUCCAUCAACAAGAUGAUUAAUUGUUUAGAUUCAGGCUUAUAAAGGCGAUAUCCUUUAAUUUUACCGAUGACCUAUUUUGCACUGAUUAAAUCCUUCUUGAAUCCCUUGACAUCCUUUACCAAUUACCUUGCAAACUGGUAUAGGACAGCCCAAUUACUUGCGGCUCGUGCGUUGCUGCCUACUGCAAUCAGUCUAGAUUCCAGAUUAUCUUCAAGCAACUAAUUUGUGAAAUCCUGUUGCAAUCCCUCCGCAUUAUUUCUUUAAGCAAAUCCGCUUUUUGGGCAUCUCUUAGGUUGGAAGAUAUUAAGUGCUUCACCAACUCAUACUUGUUAGAGCAACCAUGUUAUGUCGUAUUUCAGGAAUCACCUCUUUUUUGCAUUACAAGCGUGGUCUAUCCUACAUGAUUCAGUGUAAAUGUUGGUCCUUGCAUGGUGGUAGUCUUAUGCAGGAGUGCAGCUAUAAUACAUCUCCUAGUUGGGAUGGUAUAGGCAGCUCAAGAAAUGUGCAGGUCUCUAACCAAGGUGUGGAAGAUGUGUGUAAGAUUUUAGAGAGUGGUGCUUGGGGUUCUGGCACUGAAACAGCUUUGUCUGAGGUAUGCGAAAAGCCUCAGCAAGAGCUAAUCAUUGCAGUUUUGAAGAAGCUGAAGGAUGUCAAUACUGCCAUAAAAUAUUUACGGUGGACCGAGAAGAGCACUAACCAAACUCAUUGCCCAGAGGCAUAUAAUAGUCUCCUCAUGAUCCUGGCUAGAAGUAAACAGUUUCAUAAGCUGGAAGAGAUUUUGGAGGAGAUGAGUAUUGCUGGUUUUGGCCCAUCAAACAACACUUGUAUUGAGUUUAUUUUGUGCUGUGUAAAAUCUCAAAUGUUGGACGAGGCUUACCAUUUUAUACAAACAAUGAGGAAGUUCAAGUUCCGACCUGCCUUUUCAGCUUAUACAACUCUUAUAGGCUCUCUUUCUGUGGUUGACAAGCCUUACCCUGUGCUUAAUCUCUUUCAGCAAAUGCAAGAGUUAGGUUAUGAAGUUAAUGUCCACUUAUUUACUACUGUCAUCCGUGUGUUUGCCCGGGAAGGGAGAAUUGAUGUUGUUCUUUCUUUGCUAGAUGAGAUGAGAAACAAUGCUUUUGUGGCUGACAUUGUUCUGUACAAUGUAUGCAUUGAUUGCUUUGGUAAGCUUGGAAAAGUGGAUAUGGCGUGGAAAUUCUUUCACGAAAUGAAAGCACAGGGUUUUAUGCCUGAUGAUGUGACAUAUACUAGCAUGAUCGGGGUUUUAUGUAAAGCUAAUAGGCUAGAUGAAGCAGAAGAGCUUUUUAAUCAGAUGGAAGAUGGUAGGGAAAUCCCAUGUGCCUAUGCAUAUAGCACUAUGAUUAUGGGUUAUGGUUCAGCUGGGAUGUUUGAAAAAGCCUAUAUGCUUCUGGAGAGGCAAAAGGAAAAAGGGUCCAUUCCAAAUGUAAUUGCAUACAACUGUAUUCUUACGUGCCUUGGUAAGAAAGGGAAGGUAGACGAGGCCUUAAAGUUAUUUGAUGAUAUGAAGAAAGAUGCGGCACCCACACUUCCAACAUAUAACAUUCUUAUGGACAUGCUAUGCAGUGUAGGGAAUGUUGAGGCUGCUUUUGCAUUGCAAGAUGCCAUGAAUGAAGCCGGAUUUUUUCCUCAUGUCACAACAGUCAACAUCAUGAUUAAUCGUCUAUGUAAAGCCCAUAAACUUGAUGAAGCUCGUUCCAUAUUUGAAGGGCUUGAUAACCAAUCCUGCUCCCCGAAUUCUGUAACAUUUUGUACCUUAAUAGAAGGUUUAGGUCGCAAUGGUAAAGUGGAUGAUGCAUACAGGUUGUAUGAAAAGAUGCUGGAUUCCGGCCAUGUUCCAAAUGCUGUGGUAUUUACAUCCCUUAUAAAGAAUUUCUUCAAUAUUGGCAGGCCAGCAGAUGGUCAUAAGGUUUACAAGGAAAUGCUUCGUAGUGGCUGUACCCCUGACCUGACUCUCCUCAAUACCUACAUGGACUGUGUUUUUAAAGCUGGUGAGAUAGAUAAAGGCAGAGCAUUGUUUGAGGAAAUUAAGUCUAGAGGGUUUGUCCCAGAUGUCAGGAGUUAUUCAGUAUUAAUAAAUGGUCUUGUUAAGGCAGGUUUUGCUCGCGAAACUUAUAAGUUAUAUUACUCGAUGAAGGAACAAGACUAUGCCUUGGAUACUCGCGCAUACAACAUUGUCAUCGAUGGGUUUUGCAAGUCCGGUCAUGUGAAUAAGGCUUACCAGCUGCUGGAGGAAAUGAAAGCAAAACGUGUUAUGCCCACUGUAGUCACUUAUGGUGCAGUAAUUGAUGGGCUUUCAAAGAUUGACAGGCUUGAUGAAGCAUAUAUGCUCUUUGAAGAAGCUAAAUCAGUUGGGGUCACUUUAAAUGUGACUGUCUACAGUAGUCUUAUUGAUGGUUUCGGAAAAGCUGGUAGAAUUGAUGAAGCAUAUUUGAUUAUGGAAGAAAUGAUGCAAAGUGGCUUGACACCUAAUACGUACACAUGGAAUUCUCUACUUAAUGCAUUGACCAAGGCGGAGGAGAUCAAUGAAGCUCUUGUCUGCUUCCAGUCAAUGAAGGAUUUAAAAUGCACUCCAGAUGUGUUUACUUAUAGUAUUCUCAUUGAAGGUCUUUGUCGUGUUCGUAAGUUCAACAAGGCCUUUGUAUUUCUUCAAGAUAUGAAGAAACAAGGACUAGAGCCAAAUGCAGUGACCUACACUAGCAUGAUAUGUGGGCUUGCAAAGGUUGGAAAUGUAACGGAAGCAUAUGCACUUUUUAAGAAGUUUCAAGAAAAAGGCGGUAGGCUUGAUUCUGUUUGUUAUAAUGCUGCAAUUGAGGGUCUAAGCAUUGCAAAUAGAGCUUCAGAUGCAUACAUGCUUUUUGAGGAAGCUCGGCAGAAAGGAUUUGACAUUCAUUCAAAAACAUGUGUUGUUCUUUUAGAUGCAUUGCAUCGGGCUGAAUGUCUUGAACAGGCAGGGUUCGUGGGUGCCAUUCUUAAGGAAACAGCAAAGGCGAAGCACGCUUCAAAAUCUUUUUGA